AUAUGAAGUACAAAAUACAUAAAAUACGAAAAAUACAUAUGAAUUAUAUUUCUAUUAUAUUAUACGUGUAAUAUAAUUAAUAUAUGAAACAAAUUUUGAGUAUACAACAUAAAUUUCUUACAAACAACAUUCUUGUAUAAUACAGUUCUUUAUAUGGUGGGGACAUAGGAAUUAUCUGCUGACACUCCUUAAAGCCCCAGUAUGUGUUUGUUCUGUUCGCGUAUAAUAACUCGCAGAAGUUUAAUUGAAUUUAGAAACUUCGAAAAAAAUUUAUUUAAUUAAUAUUUUUAAUUAAUAAUGAUUGUUUUUAAACUUAUAUUUUUUAUGAAUUUUAUCUACUCAACUUUAGAAUUACUUAUGCUAAUUGAAAACGUUAAGACAAGUAAACAUAAUAAAGAAAUUGAAAAUGAUAGCCUCCGACUAGUGACAGUGAUAAUGAGACAUGGAGAGAGAGCACCUCAAGAUACUUAUCCAAAUGAUCCUUAUCUCAAUAAUUCUAUGGAACCUUAUGGUUGGGGACAAUUAACAAAUGAAGGAAGAAGAAAUCAAUACAAUCAAGCAGUUGAUCGUACAAAAAUGUCUGCUAUGUUAGAAGCAGCAGCUUUGUGGAAACCAACUGAAAAGCAAUCUUUUAAACGUGAUUUAGCUUGGCAACCAGUUACCUUAUUUUAUCAACCGCGUUCGGAAGAUACAUUAAUGCUGAUAUGGGAUACAUGUCCAAAAUAUGCCAAAUUACGACAUGCAAUUAUGAAUUUACCAGAAAUUCAACAAAUUCAAGACGAGAAUAAACAAUUUUACAAAGAAUUAACGAAUUUAACAGGUAUGGUGAUUUCAACUCCAAAUGAUGUCAACUCACUUUAUGGAACAUUAACAGCAGAGAAACAUAUGAAUUUAAUUCUUCCCAAAUGGACUAAGAAUUAUUAUCCUGAUAAAUUGAUACCACUUACGUUAUAUGAUUUUCAAUUAAAUGUAUAUAAUGAUUUUCUUAAAAGACUUAAAGGAGGACCAUUUCUUAAAAAAAUUAUUACCGAUAUGUUAGCGAAAAAAAAUAAUACUUUAAAACCCGAAGUAAGGAAAAUGUUUAUGUAUAUUGGUCAUGAUAGUACUAUUGUAACUUUAAUGGAUGUCAUGCAUGUAUGGAAUAAUCAAAUGCCAAAUUAUAAUAUCAUGAUAAUGAUUGAAUUGCAUGAAAAUAAUGAUGAAUGGAAUGUUCAGAUAUUUUUAAGAAAUACUACUGAAUAUGAACCAUAUCCUCUGACAAUUCCUGGAUGUACAACAAUAUGUCCUCUCGAAAAAUUUAUACAAAUUUUAAAUCCAAUGAUCCCAGAUAAUUGGAACGAAGAAUGUAAAGUUAAUGGAGAAUAUAAACCACCACCAGCACCACUUCCUUAAUUAUUUGGCAAAAAUGCAAAAUGAUCAUGAGAAAUAUAGUAAAAGAAGUAUUACAAUAAAUAAUUUUAAAAAGAUGAAUUGAAAAUGAAUAUUUUCGAGAAGAAUUAUUAAAAUGAUAAUUUUUAUAUUUUAAAUCUAAAAUAUAUUUAUAGUUUUUUAAUUUAAACUAAUUUCUAAUGUUAAUUAAAAACUUUUCAUAAAAUGUAUUUAUUUACAUCUUUAUUUACUUUUUUAUUAUAUCCAUAUUUUGUUUAUUCUAUUUGCUAUAAAAAAAUAUGUACUUGUGUAUAAGAAACAUAUGCAUAUAUCAAUAAUAUAUCGAAGCAAUCGCUUAUAAUUAGAUAUUUUUUUCCUAGGCAAAUAUUUUUUCUUCUCGACGUUUUUUUGUAACUACUGUACCAGGUUUAUGUUGAGCAUCCGGAUGAUUUAGUAAUUCAGGUGGACAAGUAGAUAUAGGACUUGCAAGAAUAGUUUGUUUCAAAUCAUAGAAUAGAUGGCUAUCAUCUUUUGUACAAAAUGAAAUAGCAAGACCAGCUUUUCCUGCGCGACCAGUUCUACCAAUACGAUGUGUGUAAUCUAGAAAUAGAAAAAUAAUAUAUAUUCCUUGAUAUAAUUA